AUGGACGAGCAAGAAAUCAAGCAUAUGAUACACGAGAGGUUCGAGCAACAGAUUCUCGAUGAGCUGAGACGAGCUGAGGGCACGAAGAGCAGAGGUUCGAGGGGGGAGGAGGUAGUCUCAGCUGUCGUCAAUAGCAUCGCACAUGACGGGAGGUUCCAGUCUUUCCUGCUAGACUUGACAGAAUCGCAUGGGAAAAAGAGAGGAGCUUCCCCAGGAGCUGCCGCGGGGACUUUAGUCUGGACGUUUGACUCGGACGAUGGAAGCAUGGGGAAGGAGGGCCUGGAGGGAGACGAUGGAUUAAGCUACAGCGGAAGCAGGUCGACGGUGGAGGAGAUCAACGUAGAGGAGAGGAGCAGGAUGAUGGAAGACUUCGGGGUUGACUCCGAGCUCGCUAGCAUCUGUACGCAGCUUGCUCCUACGUCGACUGAAGGGACGCAGCGAGAAAGUCUCGAGGCUCUGAUGAACAUGCCGCCCGAGGAAGUGCUAGCAGAUGCUAACAUCAAGUCGCUCUUCCAGCUGCUCUCGGGUGUUUUCCUCAACAGGAACCUGAGCAGGGAGACCAACAGAGUCUUCUGCAGUCUCUUUGCUGCCUCUGUUGGUGGGUUUCACAGCGCCGAUUUGAUUUGUGCGUGGAUGCGAGGAAUGUUGGGGCACAUGUCAUCCGUUAAUGUCUGCGUGUGUCAGGCGCAGGAGAAACACCUGAUGGAUCAGAUCGAGAGUUUUUCCUUGCUGUCAAGCUUCUUCGAUGGCAUUGCUUCUGCUUGGAACACUCUCUCUGAAGAGCAGAUGAACGAAAUCUUUGAGUGUCUUUGCAGUUUGUACAACUUGCAAAUGAAUACCUGUGAGAAAUGUUUGCAAGGUGUUCACUCUCCCAGCAAUCAGUGCUUUCCUUCCAUGUUCCUCUUUGUGCUGGCUGACUCCUCGUUGAGUUGGAUGGAAGUUUUGUUCUCAAGGUCCAGUGCUCGACACGCAUUUCUUGUACAAGCUUUGAAAGCAUCAGUUCUAUCCAAGGUCGCGGACUUCCUUUCCUCAGCUGGGGAGCUGGUCGAGUUGGAAGAGGAGCAAGAGAAGGAGGGUAUCUUGUCUAGUUACGAUCUCUUCGUCUUCACAACCUACCACAACGUCAACAUGUUAGCUCUGCUCACAAGGUAUCAGGAGACAUGCUGCAUGUUCAACAACGAAGAGGCCCGGGCUGAUUGGAUUCAACUUCACGACUCAAACGCCGAGCUGCCACGAGUUGAAAACCUCCGACCGUUCGCCUGUGAUGCGUGCAAGCUGUUCGGCUGCUUGCUUACCUCUCGCAGUCAAACUGCGAGCCUGGUCAACGUUCGUCAAGACCUGCUGAGAGGGUUGGGAGAAGUUGUCGGGUCUUCGAUCCGAAGCUUCUGUGGGAUGGAACGAGAGGGACGUUCUGCAUCAGCCGAGUCGAUUGCGACUCGAUUCAUCCAAGUGACCCUCAGGGUCUGCAAGAUGCUCAGAGACCUUCUGGAGUCGAUCGAUACCACGAGACCAUCCAAGAGGACCUGUGAACAAGUCUUGUGGAUCGCUGAAGUGUGUAUGCGAGUUGUUGAGAAUGCUGAGAAGGAUUUUCCCGAUCUCCUAUUCUAUGCUCGUCUGAAUGGUGAGAGGGAGGAGGGAGAUGGAGACAAGCAGCUCAUAGAGUGGAUGAGAGCGAAGUUGUCAAAGUCAACUUGGUAUGCCGGUCUUGCCGGAUCGAAAUCUUUCGGAGAAAUGUCGGAAGAGAUGAAUACGUUGUCGCAAGUGGUGGCUGAGAGGGUUUUCGAAAUAUCACCAACCGAGCAGAGUGAAAGAUUGUUCUCUGUUCUCACUUUCUUCCUUUCCCCUGGUCGGUCAAGACUUCAUUUAUACGCUUCCACCAAAUUCAAACAUUGGACAAAGCAAGCAAAGCUGGAAUUCCAAAACAGCUGCUGCAGAGACUUUCCAGGGCAGAACCUUCGUUCGUAUCGUUACUUGAGGCAAGUUGAGAAAUCUUUGCAGGGGAAUGGAUGGGAGGAUUUGCUUGACAGAGCUCGACUAGAAUGCAUCUCAGACCUUUUCACGAGAAUGGAGAACAGGGCUGAUUUUCUCGCUGCUGAUUCUCACACCACAGACAUCAACACUUCUUGGAACCUCGUUAUGGACCUGGCUUCCCCUCAACAUAAUGCAAAUGACUGCGCCCUGCUGUGGGACAAGCUGCUUGCGGCAGUUGUAAACUACCUGGAGGACAUAGAUAGCAAGGGAAAUGACAGCAUCCGGCUCUCGUUCAUGUGGGCGUUCAAAAGGUUGUGCUGGCUAACCGCCAGCCCUCUAGUGCACAGAGUGUGUAAGGACAGCAAACUUUUGAAGCAGUGGAUUGAGAUCAACAUCGACGUCGACGGGGAAUCGAAAGAAGAGCAUCCCCUUUUGAGGAGGAACCCAGAGCAAGAAACACUCCUCCUGAUCCUCUUGCGUUUCAUCUCCCACAACAUUUCUCUAUGGAUCGAGAUCCUGACUGAAAUCCCAAACUUGAGGCUGUACGUCCUUGGGAGGUAUCGGGUUGAGGCCGCAGGUGACAAGCUGGCCCCUGCUAGAGGGCAUGAGCCGAAGGAUUUUGUUCAUGAGCUUCAGCAAGCCUUCGAUCCCAUGUACGGGGAGGACAUGACACAGGCGUCUGGGAGUCUCGUGAUUGACAGAGAGGCGCUGCUUUGCGAUGACAUCAUCACCAGCGGAACUUUCUUCUCCAUCGGCCUUGCAGGAUCAAUCGAGGAGGGACAGCAGGACGUCCUCCGCCUCCCAGCCACGCUGAGAUGUAUCAUUGAGAAGGAGGGCAAAGUCAUCAGCUCCAAAGCAGCUCAGAUGAAACCCCCGUACGAUCUAGACAGCCUGAUUCAUUUUCCCACUCAGGAUGGUUUCAUACAGGCCUGCCAUGGUUUCCUUGCUAGCAUUCCAGCAGCAGCAAUGGGGACGAGCUCCUUGAGCAGCAGUGGUGCGGAGGAGAGUGAGGAAUGGGCGUUGAAGCACGGGGAGAUGACUUCGUCGCUGUUUUGGACGUUGGCGCUCAAGGCUUGCUCCGAUAGCCUCUGUCAUGUUGAGAAGGCGCAAGAAGACUUCCAAGGAGAGCUGAGAUAUCUCUUGACAGGACAGGUGGGGCGGGGGCAGACGUGUGCGAUCUUCACUUCCUUGCUGUACGUCCUCAACGAGUGCUGCAUAGACGACGCGAUGAAGAGCAUGUCAUGCGCCCUGUCACGGUUGUGCCUCGGCCUGUCGCUCUCUCCUGCGGCAGGUUGCGAUAGGUUGUCAAAGUUUGCUGAGCUUGUAGCUGAAGAAGAGCUCAAGGACGUUGCAAGGGGCUAUAGAGAGCUCGGCGUUUCCAUAGGGAUGGUGGCAAGCUGUUGGAUAUCACAAGCCUUUCUCAACACCUUCGAGUGGCAAGAGGUCUUCGUCUGGCUGCUCCUUCCGGCCGCCAAGACUUUGGCGCUGGCCCUCGUCGAGGGUGCAGAGUUGUUGUCAUACACCUGUGUAGUGGCUGUGAAGGUGAUGGAGGCACAUACAAGACGACACUAUUGCGACGAUGAAUAUGAAUUCUUGGAGUUGGGGAAACAAUCGCUUCCAGACUUCAGGCUGUCGCAAUGGAUUGCUGAAAUCAGAGGUCUGGCGGAAAGAUACGAGCCUUUAUGCAAAUCGUUCUUAUACAAACAAUGA